UUUGCGGUGCGUUCAGGUGGAGCCACUGGUGUGGUCGUCAAAGGUCCAGAUGACAAGAGCAGCGUUGCCUUCAGGAUGGACGAUAAAGGAGAAGUGAAGUGCAUCAAGUUUUCUAUUGGAAAUAAAAUCUUGGCCGUACAGAGAACGUCAAAAUCUGUGGAUUUCAUCAACUUCAUACCCGACUAUCCUCACACAGAGUUCACCCAGGAAUGUAAGACGAAGAACGCCAGCGUGUUGGGUUUCUGUUGGACCAACUGGAAUGAGAUUGUCUACAUCACCGACCAAGGAAUCGAGUUUUACCAGGUGUUUCCAGACAAGCGCAGUCUGAAGCUGCUGAAGAGUCAGAGCAUUAAUGUGAACUGGUAUCAGUACUGUCCAGAGACGGCUGUCAUCCUGCUGUCCACCACCGUGCAGGGAAACAUCCUGCAGCCCUUCGCCUUCAGGAACGCGACCAUGUCGAAAAUGUCCAAGUUUGAGAUUGAGCUGCCGGUCGUCCCCAAACCCGCCAAACUCAGCCUGUCGGAGAGAGACAUUGCCAUGGCAACAAUUUAUGGUCAGCUGUAUGUGAUGUAUCUGAAGCAUCACUCGAGAACAGCCAACAGUCCGAGUGCAGAGGUGGUGCUGUAUCACUUACCAAGGGAGGGGGCGUGUAAAAAGAGUCACGUGUUGAAGCUGAACACGACGGGGAAGUUUGCUCUGAACAUCGUAGACAACCUGGUGGUCGUUCAUCAUCAGAGCUCUCAGACGUCUCUGAUCUUCGACAUCAAGCUGAAGGAGCCUGAAUGUGCCGUCAACACACACCAGCCCGUCCUACCUGCUCGCUCCAUACACCCCUACAGGAUACCGCUGUCAGGUCCUGCUGUCGUUCCCUCUCAGCCUCCAGUUCCCUGUCAGCUCUACUCUUCCUCCUGGAGCGUCUUCCAGCCUGACAUCAUCAUCAGUGCCAGUGAAGGUUACCUGUGGUACCUGCAGGUGAAGCUGCCUCCAACAGUAAACCUGCUGCAGGACAAAGGCAAACUGAUGGACUUCCUGUUACGACGCAGAGACUGCAAGAUGGUCAUCCUGUCCGUCUGCUCGCAGAUCCUGGAGGCCGGAGAGAAGGGAAGUCUCCCUGUGGUGGCGACUGUGUUCGACAAACUCAACCAGGUGUACAAAGAAUAUCUGGAGGCGGAGCAGAGCUACACUGUGGCGAUGGAGUCCGGCCCGAGUCGAGGCAGUGCCGCUCAGAAACGUCCCGUGAGAACUCAGGCCGUCAUCGACCAAUCAGACAUGUACACACACGUCCUGUCAUCGUUCACCGAGAGGAAGGACGUGUCUCAUAAGUUCAUCAUCGCGGUGCUGAUGGAGUACAUUCGCUCUCUGAACCAGUUCCAAAUCACCGUUCAGCAUUACUUGUACGAGCUGGUGAUUAAAACUCUGGUGCAGCACAACCUCUUCUACAUGUUGCAUCAGUUCCUCCAGUAUCACGUCCUCAGUGACUCCAAACCACUGGCCUGUCUGCUUCUGUCUCUGGAGAGCACAUAUCCUCCUGCUCACCAGCUCUCACUCGACAUGUUGAAGCGUCUGUCCACGGCCAACGACGAGAUCGUGGAGGUUCUGUUGUCCAAGCAGCAGGUUCUAGGAGCGCUCCGGUUCAUCCGCAGCGUCGGUGGACACGACAACGUGUCGGCGAGGAAGUUUCUGGACGCAGCGCGACAAACUGGAGACCAGAUGUUGUUCUACACCGUGUUCAGAUCGUUUCAGCAGAGAAACCAACGGCUGAGAGGAAGUCCUGGAUUUAACCCUGGUCAGAGCACGCACACGCACACACACACACACACACAUGCACAGAACGUCUUGACGGAAGUCUUUCACAUUUUGGCACAAACAGAUACUCAGGGAUAAACUGUAUAAAAGUUUUC